CAUGAACUUGUGCCUCGCGUUGUUGGAAUGUCAAUCCCGCGUGCCACAGAUGCCAAGCUCUGGGCCCUCUUCACUUUGGCCCAUUUCAAACCUUUUAGUGCAGUGUCUCCUCUCUUGCGCAAAGGAGAAGAUGCUACAGAUGCAUUUCGAACGUACAUCUUCUCAACUCGAAGUCGUACAAUCAUGUCCAAUUGGGAAGCUGUCCACGAGUGCGAGGAUGAAAGAGAC